UUCCAGGAAAGGCGCAAAGCUAUACAGAGAAACCCUGUCUCGAAAAAAAAACAAAAACAACUCCAUACAUUUUCUCAUGUUGAGCUAUAUAAGACAAAAACCCUGAGCCCUUUACUAUCGUACAUUGAAAUAACAGAAAAGUAAUUUCUAAAUACUAUUUAUGCAUGGUUACACAUGCAUGUGGAGGCAGAGGAGCACUUCCAGUAAUCCUUAUUCCUCAGGAGCCUAUCCACUGUUUUUGAGACAAGAUUUCUCACUGGCCUGAAGCUCACCAAUUCAACUAGGCUGGCUGGAGAUAAAGCCCAAGGGAUCUACCUGUCUCUGCCUCCUUAAGGCUGGGAUUGCAAAGGCAGGUCAGCAUGCCUGGCUUUUCCAAGAUACCUGUACUGGGGAUCAAACUCGGGUCCUUCCAACUGAUCUGUCUACUACCACUAACAUACCUUUAUUUGCAGAUGUAUAGUGUGCAUGUGUACAUAUCUGUAUACACAUUACAGUCCAUGACAGCAGUCAGUCCAUGACAGACUAAUAGCAUGUAUAUGGUAGGUACUCUCUGACACUGUUGACACUAAGAUAAUAUUUAGUGACCUUGUUUAAGUGUCUUGAAUAAGAGAAAAUAGUUGUAUAUUCAUAUUUAUUUUAUGCUAUGAAUGAGUCAGUAUGUGCUCAACUGAACCAAAUACCUGUUUCACAUGAUUAUUUGGAUCAUUAAAUGAACAAACACAUUAUAAAUCAUUUGACUGAGUACCUGACACUUACUGUUGUCAAAAGCUUUAAACUUCCUCUGUUCAUUUGGCCUUCUUGAUACUUUAAAAACAAACAAACAAAACAGGUCUUAUAUUGCCUAAGCUAGCCUUGGAUUUUACAAGUGUUGGAAUGCAGUCAUGAACCAGUACAGUGAGCUUGACACCAGUGCUCUGAUGGAGCUAACCUCGGCUUUGUCGCGUUUCCUUCUUAGCUUUCCUCUUUUGCAUUUUUUAGGUCAAAACGCUCAGUACCAAUCAACUAUAAAAUCCCUUGUUCCUUACGGGAAGGAUAUGAUGUGAUCCAGUGUGUAUUUUAGGCAGUUAGUGGGCCUGUUGCAGUUGUAAAGUACAGCUUGGAAAAGCUGUUGAGCAGGACAAGGUAUCAGAUGGAAGUUGUUAAUGGGUUAUCAAGGUACAGCUGAGCCAGAACAUUGAGGAGGGACUAGAGGAAUGGAUACAAGACCUUGGGAGUGAUUAGUGAAACUUCGCCAUUGAAUAUAUGAAGAUAGCAAAGAAUGAGAGCUAGGAGUCUGGGGUUCCUGGCUUCAGAGCCUAUCACUACUUAAAAUGACUAGAAAUGCAUUAUCCGGUAGGAGGCAGAGCUUUAGUUCAGUUGUUUAGGCUGGUAGUGUGUAUUGUCGGGAUGCUGGUUUACUUGUUCCAGACCCACCCUUUCUCUCCCUCGCUGUCUGAAUUCCAUUGCCGUUAGUCUAAGAGCUUCCCUUUAGGAAAAAGUAUGUUCUUUUUAGUCAUAGCCAGCAGCAGAGCUUUUACAUGUGCAGAAAGAUUCCUUAUUUCCUGCCCUCAUUCCUAGUCUCCUCUUGAGAUGUCUGUGCCCUGAAGAUGACUUAGAGACUACACCAGUGUCACCAUUGUCAACUCAUCCCACCUCCACGCCAUAGAAAAUGCUUGGCCAGAAGAGAUGAGUACUAAUUCCACUCGGGCCUAGAAUUGCCUAUUAAGAUAGUCCUGAGCAGGCGACACACGAAUGGCCCAAGGAAGCCACCAAAUUGAUUUUCAGGUUUUACAUGACCUGCGACAGAAAUUCCCUGAAGUACCUGAAGUUGUUGUAUCCAGGUGCAUGUUACAGAAUAAUAACAACCUGGAUGCCUGCUGCGCUGUUCUCUCUCAGGAGAGUACAAGGUAUCUUUAUGGUGAAGGAGACCUGAAUUUUUCAGAUGAGUCUGGAAUUUCUGGUCUGCGAAAUCACAUGACUUCUCUCAACUUGGACUUGCAGUCACAGAAUGUUUACCACCAUGGAAGAGAAGGAAGUAGAGUGAAUGGAAGUAGGACUUUAACACACAGUGUUAGUGAUGGACAGCUUCAAGGUGGGCAGUCCAGUAACGAACUGUUUCAGCAGGAGCCACAGACAGCACCAGCUCAAGUUCCUCAAGGCUUUAAUGUCUUUGGAAUGCCCAGUACGUCUGGUGCUUCAAAUUCAACACCACAUCUUGGAUUUCACCUAGGCAGCAAAGGAGCGUCAAACCUCUCUCAACAAACUCCCAGGUUUAAUCCUAUUAUGGUAACUUUAGCCCCAAACAUACAGACUGGUCGUAGUACUCCUACGUCUUUGCACAUACAUGGUGUACCUCCGCCUGUACUUAACAGUCCACAGGGAAAUUCUAUCUAUAUUAGGCCUUAUAUUACAACUCCUAGUGGUACAGCUCGGCAGACACAACAACAUUCUGGCUGGGUAUCUCAGUUGAAUCCCAUUAACUCUCAGCAAGCCUAUCAGCCUUCUCAGCCUGCUCCUUGGACUACUUAUCCUACGUCCAAUCCUUUGCCACAUACCUCAACCCAGCAGCCAAAUCAGCAGGGCCAUCAGACCUCUCAUGUCUACAUGCCUAUCAGUUCGCCAACUACUCCGCAACCGCCAACAAUUCAUUCAUCUGGUAGCUCACAGUCUUCUGCCCAUAGCCAAUAUAACAUUCAGAAUAUUUCAACAGGACCUCGAAAAAACCAGAUCGAAAUCAAACUUGAACCCCCACAAAGAAACAGUUCUUCAAAAUUACGUUCUUCUGGACCUCGAACUGCCAGCACUUCCUCGUUGGUCAACAGCCAGACCUUAAAUAGAAAUCAGCCCACUGUUUACAUAGCUGCCAGUCCUCCGAGUACUGAGGAGAUGCUCUCCCGUAGUCAACCUAAGGUCUAUAUUUCAGCCAAUGCCGCCACAGGAGAUGAGCAGGGCAUGCGCAAUCAACCUACACUCUUCAUAUCCACAAACUCUGGGCCAUCUGCGGCCUCCAGGAACAUGUCUGGGCAAGUGAGCAUGGGCCCUGCCUUCAUCCAUCACCACCCUCCCAAAAGCCGAGUAUUAGGAAGUAACUCUGCAACAUCUCCUCGAGUGGUGGUCACUCAGCCCAACACAAAAUACACUUUCAAAAUUACCGUUUCUCCCAACAAACCCCCUGCAGUUUCCCCAGGGGUGGUGUCCCCUACCUUUGAACUCACAAAUCUUCUAAAUCAUCCUGACCAUUAUGUAGAGACAGAGAAUAUUCAGCACCUCACGGACCCUACUUUAGCACAUGUGGAUAGAAUCAGUGAAGCACGGAAAUUGAGUAUGGGAUCUGAUGAUGCUGCCUACACGCAAGCUCUGCUGGUGCACCAGAAGGCCAGGAUGGAGCGGCUUCAAAGAGAGCUCGAGAUGCAGAAGAAAAAGCUGGAUAAACUCAAAUCUGAGGUCAAUGAGAUGGAAAACAAUCUAACUCGAAGGCGCCUGAAGAGAUCGAAUUCCAUAUCCCAAAUACCUUCACUCGAAGAAAUGCAGCAGUUGAGAAGUUGUAAUAGACAACUCCAGAUUGACAUUGACUGCUUAACCAAAGAAAUUGACCUUUUUCAAGCCCGAGGACCACAUUUUAACCCCAGCGCUAUUCAUAACUUUUAUGACAAUAUUGGAUUUGUAGGUCCUGUGCCACCAAAACCCAAAGAUCAAAGGCCCACCAUCAAAGCACCAAAGACUCAAGACCCCGAGGAUGAGGAGGGCGCCCAGUGGAACUGCACUGCCUGUACUUUUCUGAAUCACCCGGCCUUAAUCCGCUGUGAACAGUGUGAGAUGCCUCGGCAUUUCUGAGCCAAAGGCCCCGUGUCCUCUACAGCCGCAUCUGAAAUUCAAGACAGUCAUCUGUCGUCAUCGUCGGGGAAACGUUUCACUGCUACAUAGGGUUUGGUCCAGUUGCAGGUGUGACAAGACGGUGGCCUGCUGUGUUCAGUGGCAGUCCACAGAGCUAAUAAUACCUCAGUCUAACGUCAUGGGCAGUAGAGGUUCGUCACGGGAAAGAUGACCCGAGAGACUGGGCUGCCUGCUGCCUGACCAUGUACAGUGUCACUGUCCACAAUGGACCAUUCUCAACCCGCCAGUGCCUCGGCGUCCCCAGUCCUUCUCCCUCCUGUCACUACUGAUCUUGACAGGAGGAAGGAAUAGGAUGAUAGCUUUUUGUGUUUUUAAAGCUUUUGGUGAAACACUACAUACACGAAGAGAAGGAACAAGGUUUGACUAUGUAAAAAUUCUGCUGCCGCAUAGUGCCAGUGGAUGCGGGCAAACGUCACAAUCUGUGGUACUCUUGGCCUUGUCUUUGUCUUCUCUGAAGACGUCUCUGUGAAGCCAGCAUCUAGGGUCUGGUGAUGAAAAGGAAAGCAGUGUGCAUUGUCUGUACAAAUCCACAGUGAGCGCCCCAAAGCUUCCCUACUGUACAGAUCUCUCGCGUCUGCUUUAAGGAUCUCUUCAUUAUUUUCUUAUAUUUCUAUAUGUAUAGUGUAAUAGACUUUUGUUAACUAAUGUUCUUUUUCCCUUUUAGUAGGCACAAUCAUGUUCCUUUUUAAGCCUUACUGAGAAAAGCAAUGCCAUAAGAUAAAAAAGCAUUAAUGAAAUGAAACUAUGCACAGAUAACUUCCCUCUCCUGCUCCUGUCCUUCGUCCCCUUGGAUGCCAGUGCUCUGAGAAGAUAGCAGGUGCUGCUGCAUGGAAGUUGCAGAAAACACUGCAGGCAUGUCGGUAGGUCACACUGUACACCGACUUCAGCACUGGGUGACCAAAGCAAACAAGUAUUGACACCCACUGACAUCUUGCCCCACGAGUGGGUGGUGUCCCCAGAACUUCACGGGAGGUUCUCGUUGGGAAAGUAGUUUGAGAAGCAGCCACAGCAGCAGUAGCAGCAGCCUUUUUUCUUCUUGGAAAGAAGUGUAGCUGCUGUACUGUUGGGACAGUCCAUUUCUAACCUGACUUGGUGACAUUCAUGUGUAUUUAUGAAACAUAGUCAUCUUUAGACAACUGAAGACAAGCUGGAAAAAAGAAAGAAAACAAGCAGACUUGAACACUGAAACAACCUCAGACAUCUCUUUAUCUUGAUGAUAUAUUUUUGUAAGGAAAGUAACUAUUCAUACGAUCAGGAAUGUAUAUAACUAAAUAAAAUCAAGAAAUAACUGCGUUUAAAAAGAAUUAUGAAAUUAUCAGUGCUUAGAAUGGGGCUAGGGAAGUGCUGAAAUACAGCAAAAGAUGGGGAGUCAUGUAGAUUGUCCCGCUGUAAAGGUUCACAAGUGGCUGUUUUCACUAAACAGGAUUCUCGCAGAUGAGCGUUUUAGGGGUCAGAGCCUUGGCUCCAGGCUUUGCCUCGUGAAUAUGGAAAGAAAUGUGGCAAUCCUAGGUCACUGACAGCAGGCCCCAAUCCUUGCACAUUUGAUGCAUUUUGUUUUCAAAGUAGGCCUUGUUUUUCAGCUUCCUCUGCAGUUCUAUGUGAAGAUUGGUAAAUCAGUUUUUACUUGUUUUAUUAAUAAAACGUAAUUUGGAUAUCUUGAGUUGAUGGUUUUGUGAUUUAGCUGGGUAAACUAUCUUUGUAACAGAUAAGUUAUUUAUAAAAAUUAAAAAACUUAUAUUCUAACGUG